AUGACUCUAAAUAAAACAGAGCAACAAGCUUCUAACGAACUCUCCAGUAAAGACGAGAGUAGAUACUACGUUGCUCCUGAAGUAUUACGAGGGGAAAGCUACGGGAAAGAAAUCGAUGUUUGGAGCGCAGGUGUUAUAUUAUACCUCCUACUCUGUGGCAAACACCCAUUUGAGACUGAAGAUGAGAUUAGGCAAGGAAAGUUGAGUUUGGAGAGUCAACCAUGGCCUUGUAUAUCCUUGAGUGCCAAAGACCUUAUCAAGAAGAUGCUCACCAAAGAUCCAAAGAAACGAAUCUCUGCAUCAGAUGUUCUAGAACAUCCUUGGAUCAAAUACGAAGCUCCAAAUAAGCCUAUUGACGAUGCUCGCGUAUUGCUUAUGAAGCAAUUCGGAGAUAUGAACAAGCUUAAGAAGCUAGCUUUCAAGGUUAUCGCAGAGGGUCUUGCGGAAGAGGAAACCAAAGACCUCAAAACAUGGUUUAAGGAUAUGGAUACUGACCGAACCGGGUCAAUUACUUACGGAGAACUCAGAACCGGGAUGACUACACUCUCUAUGAGUGAAGCUAAGCAACUCAUGGAAGCCGCUGAUCUUGAUGGCAAUGGAAGGUUGGACAUAGACGAGUUUAUCGCAGCGACGAUGGAGAGACACAUUUUGGUUAAAGAUGAAAAUUUGCACAAAGCAUUCCAAUACUUUGAUAAAGACAAUACCGGGUACAUAUUGGAGAGGGCUGGGGCCAUGAAGGAGUAUGGUAUGAGAGAUGAAGCUAAUGUCAAAGAAAUUAUAUCAGAUAAUGAUGGAAGAAUAGACUAUGGGGGAUUUUGUGCGAUGAUGAGAAAACACAAAUUGCUGCCACAAGGGAAGCUUCUUGGAAUCCAUUAA